AUCAACGUAACCUUAAGAAUCCUUUUGAUAUGCACAAAUGUAGUAUACGAAUUCUUACAGAGGUUAUGCUUUCUGAGGUUGAAAUAGAAUUUCCUAUACGCAUGUCUAUUAAAGAUAAUCAUAUUCCACCAAAUAUUAUUUGA